AUGAAGAUAUUACAGUACGCCUUGCCGUAUUUGGCGUAUGGAGCUAUCAAGGAUAAAAAGAACCGUUAUACUGUCACCGAGUACAAUGUCAACGACGUCAACUUCAUCGAAUUGGUCGACACGAAUUCCGCCGUCGAUUCUUGGAGCUAUGACGUCCCCGCCUUCCCCGACACAAAUUUCUUCUCAAUCGAAGGCUCCGGGCCUUCAAUAAAACUACGCGUCACAGAAGAACUUGAUCGAGAAAUCACCGGUGACCAAAUCGAAGUGCAUAUUACAUCCGAAACUGCGGAUGGGAAGAUUGUAACUGAUGAGAGCAUUGCUGUCGGGGUUUCUGAUGUCAACGAUAACAAGCCGGUCUUUGACAAGAAAACGCUGACGAUGACGAUUGCUGAGAACGCCAAAGCUGAUACAAUCGUCGGAAAGCUCGAAGCAUCGGACGCUGAUACCGGAAAAUUUGCUAAAAUUGUCUAUUCCCUUGCAGCUGAUAUUGCCGAAUUCAAAUCUCGGGACCUCAACCAGGGUUCCACCUUUGGACGUGCUUUUUCUGUCGACAAGUAUGGUACAGUCAAAUACCUCGGUGGUUUUGAUGACCUCCUGGAUGCUGAGAAGAGCUCUAGAAUCGUCCUUCAAGUGGUUGCUGAAGAUGAUAUUGAUAAUGACGUUCAUGGAAGGACUCAGGAAGAAUUAGUCAUCAGAAUCACAGACAUCAACGACCAAGCACCAGUUAUCGAUUUCGACGGUGUACCUCGCAAAAUUUCUGAAGGAGCCGACAUCGGAACAGUUGUUUUGAGCCUGAGUGCGACGGAUGCUGACAUUGACGAGGAAAACAACCACGUCGCCUUUCGAGUUGACAAUUCGGACUUUGCUUUUGAUGGAAAUAACCUCGUUGUCAACAACAAACUGGACUACGAAACUAGACCCAGAUACGUCCUUUCCGUCACUGCUUUCAACCCAAAUGCUGCCGAUCCUGAUUCGAAUACCAACUCAAUUACGGUCAUCGUCGAUGUUGAAGAUGCCAAUGAUCCUCCAGCUUUCGUUGACUUCGACCAAACGAUUGUGCCUAAAGAAGGAGAGAACAUCGACAAUCUUCUGAUCGGCCUGGUGAUCGCUACUGACGGAGACACGGGAACUCAAUCCGUCACCUGCUCUCUCAACGACCCUGCUGGUAUCUUCAGCAUUGAUGAAACUACCUGUGAAGUUUAUGCGACCGGAAUUCUUGACCGAGAAUACGAUGUAAAAAACACCGAUGAUUUGGAGCACUUUGGACCCAUUCUCGGACACAGCUUUGAAGUCACUUUGGAAGAUGACGGGCUUCCUCCAGCAAGAACAGUUCAAAAAGUCACCGUCGAAAUCGAAGACAUCGCCGAUGAAACCAUUCUCUGGGAACCUAACACUGCUAGUCUUUGCGACAAUACCAACGUCCUCGGCCUCAACCGACUUUUCUACGCUAUCCAGCCCGAUUCCGGCGAUGAUAUCGUCUCCAUUGAAGUCACAAAUGUCGAAGGAUUGAGAAUCCAGGAGUCUAAAAAGGGUCAUUUCUUCCUUGAAUACAGUGGAAGCCAAGAUUCGACCACGGAAUUGCUCACUGGACUCGAGUUCAUCCAGCUUUCGGUUCAAACUACAAUGGGAGUCGAAUCCAUUAGUCUUCCAUUUUUGAUCUGCAGCUGUAACGAAGACGGCGAAUUCCAAGGAGCAUGUCACAACAAUUUCGCCGGCACCAAUGUCGCCAACGGUUUCCCCUGGUGGAUUAUUGUUGUCAUCGUCAUCAUUGUCACUAUCAUCGUCGUCCUUGCCCUCUUUGUCCGAAGAAAGCCAGAAGGAAAGCUUGAAGGUCUCCAAGACGAAGAAGCCCUCAACGAUCACGACCGUCUCCUCUCCCCAGACGAUCCAGGAUGCGAGCAGAAAGCCCCUCUCCCUCGAAUCGUCGAAGAACCAACUGACAACUUGGGCAACAUCAUCCGCGACGCUAAGCAACAGGCCGACAACGAGGAACAAGUUCCCAACACGCUUCUCCAAUUCGAAUACGAAGGUCGAAAUUCGAUGAUUUCAAACAUGUCCGAUCUCAGCGACGACGACGAUACAGAACAAGAUAUUGACCUGGAAAAAUUGCCAGAAUCUGUGAAAAGAAAUUUCGAAGCAUCAACUUAUGGAUCGAUGUAA